AUGGCUGCUGUUACGAGGAUUCAGAAUAUCACCAAGAUCAAAGGGACUGUAGACGUCAAUUUUGCCAAUGGAACGACGGUUAAAUUCGAGGAUUGCUGGCUUCGGGACCAUUGCAGAUGCGCUACGUGUUACCACGCCGACACAUAUCAAAGGGCUCAGCACAUAUUGGAUAUUCCCGAGGCGAAGAUAGCCGAUGUUGCCUUCGCCGAGACCCAGCUUGUUGUGACGUGGAACGACAACCACAGAUCCACUUACGAGGCGGAUUUCCUAGUUCAAUUCAACUAUGAAACCUACAAAGAAGGACAGAGACUGAAGCCUGUCCUCUGGCACGGAGGAUCAGUGGCCGAGAAGAUAGCCAGGGUCCAAGCAGACAAGUUUCUGAAGACCAAGGAAGCUGCUGAGGAGGUGUUCCAGUCUCUUCUUGAUUAUGGCGUCGCGUUGAUAGAGGGGGUGGACCCAAACCUGGAAGCGACGGAGCAAGUGUGCAAAGCUCUGGGAGGGGUGCAGCAUACCAUCUUCGGUGGGAUGUGGGAGUUCACCACCAAGGCCGACCAUGCCGACACUGCCUACACCAACCUACCGCUAGCUGUCCAUAAUGAUAGCACCUACUUCACAGAGUCUACUGGCCUCCAAAUCCUCCACUGCAUAGAACAUUCCGGCGGGGUGGGCGGCGAAACAGUACUAGUGGACGGUUUCUACGGAGCCACCCGACUGCAAGCGGAGUUUCCCGAAGACUUCGACUUUUUGACAGAGUUCGAAUUGGAAGCUGAGUAUAUAGAGGAAGGGCACCAUCAUAAGUGUGCAGCGCCGGUUAUAAGGAUCGAUAAGAGGACUAAGGAUAUUAAACAAAUCAGAUUCAAUGUAUACGACCGGGCGCCAAUGGCGUUUGAGGACGGAGAAGAAUGCAGGGCCUACUAUCGCGCCCUGAGGAGACUGGCUAAGUAUUACCAAGACGCUGGGAAUCAGUGGCAGUUUAAACUUAAACCAGGCGUGGUUAUGGUGAUGGACAAUUUCCGCGUGCUACACGGCAGAACUGGGUUCUCGGGCAAGCGCGUUCUCUGUGGCAGCUACGUGGCGCGCUCCGAUUGGCUGGAUCGGGCGAGGGCUCUGCGUCUCAUCCAAUGA